UUUAGAAAGGAAGAAUUUUAUUUAUGAUAUCUGAAAUACAUGUUCAGUCAAGCUAAUAAAUGUUAACAUGGCCUGCCAUAGCAGUGUAGUUCUACUUGGCAUCGUGAUUUCACAUAAUUGCCCCUUCGCUGCUAUGAUUGGACGGGGCCUUAGUACUCCUCUCUCCGAUUGGCUGCAAGUAACCCGUCUACACGCAUCCCCAGCCGUUCCCGCCCCUACCGUUAGCAGGGCGGAUCUAAACGUGAUCGUACGGAAUGACGUUGACGGCUAGCAAUCGGCGGCGUGAUGGCGGCGCAGCGGGGCGGCGGUCCCGGUUCCUCUCAGCCCACAGCAGCUGCGGAUCAUUCGGUACUGGUGGUGGUGGGAUCGUUGCAGCCUAGUGGGCUGCUAGAACUCGUACUGCGGCAGAUAGAAGCAGGUGUGCGCUGCUGGCAGGUGAGUCUGGAUGUUCCAGUUCUGGAUCAGCAGCUGAAGCUCUUUGUGUCAAGACAUUCAGCUUUUCUGUCUGAAGACGUCCGAGGUCAGCGGACUCUGCAGCACUGUGGAGAGGUACUAGACGCCCAGGUGGUGGUGAACCCAGUUCGCAGCUUUGUCUGUUCAGAGGUCCAGCGGUUGGUCUGUGACCCGUCUCGGCACAAGCUGCUGGUUCUGGCCGGUCAGUGUGUGGAGAGCAGUGGAGAACUUGUCCUGCAGCAGGGCUGCUUUUCCUUCAGGGACUUUUUGCAGAUCUUUGCUGAUGAAGAGGUUGGAGAGCUGCUGAAUUCAACUGACCCAGUUCUGAAGGCCCAUCUCACCCUCAGCUGUCCAGUCAGCGGUCUUUGGAGGGACUCAGAGCUGCAGAAACAUAACCUGCAGGACUUCAUAAGCAUCCAGAUCAACCCAGUCCCUGUUCUUCCUGAGAUGGAGGGUCUUCAGGAGUUCACAGAGUACCUCUCAGAGUCUCUGGAGCACGAGUCCCCCUUCGACCUGCUGGAGCCCCCCAGCACUGUGGGCUUCUUGAAGCUGUCCCGACCCUGCUGCUACAUCUUCCCAGGGGGGCGGGGAGACUCUGCCUUCUUUGCUGUCAACGGUUUUAACGUCCUGGUAAAUGGUGGCUCGGAUCCCCGCUCCUGCUUCUGGAAGCUGGUUCGACACCUGGACAGGAUUGACUCUGUGCUCCUGACUCACAUCGGCGUAGACAACCUGCCAGGUCUGAACAGUCUGCUGCUGAGGAAGGUGGCUGAGCAGGAUCAAGAGGCUGGUGGAUCUUACCCUGAAGAGGACAGGAUGAAGAACCUCAUCUCCCCAGAGAUUGGAGUGGUUUUCUUCAACGCUCCCGACAGAUUAAAGUCCAUCAAGCCUGAUCCCAGCCAGCUGCGGAGCUGUGACCUUGCAGCAUACGCUCUGCUGAACUUACAGAAGCUAGCAAUAAGACCUGAACCUCUGUGUAGGCCUAACGGACCCACCAUAGAACCAGUGAUCCUUUUUCAAAAGAUGGGAGUGGGUCGUCUGGAGCUGUACAUCCUGAAUCCAGUCAGAGGCUGUAAGGACUUUGAAGCUUUGGUGCAGCUUUGGCCAAACAGCAGCUCCAGCACAAAGAGCUCCCAUCUUCCACUAACGUGCCUGGUUUCCAUCUGUGCCUUGUUGGUCUGGCAUCCAUCCAGUCCUCAGGAGAGGAUCAUUCGAGUUCUCUUUCCCGGAUGCACACCACAGACCCAAAUCCUGGACGGCCUUGAAAAACUGUCACAUCUAGAAUUCCUCAAACAAGCCUCUGUGUGUUUGGAGGAGCUUGAAGCGUCCAAAUCCCACAAGCCACUAAAGCGUGAGGAGAGUCGGGAAAGUCUCAAAUUCAAGUCCAAAGACCUUAGACCAAACAGUGCCUUGCAGAAAGACAAACCUGUACGGGUCGAAGUCCGGAAACUGGAGCUGAAGACAAAGACUAAAGCAGCGGGUGACUCCACACCCAAAGAUUCAGACGGAAAGGCUAAAAUAAAGGAUGCUGAUCUGAAAUCCAAGCCGGUAAGAGCUUCUGAGAAACCUAAUCCAAAGAAAGAGGAGUCAAAGGACCGGAAGGAACUUAAGAAGAAGGACGAGAAGGUGUCUGCUGCUUCUGGGAGGAAGGAAGAACUCACAGAGAAGAAGGAUGUUGCAAAGAAGGACAUAGCUAGUCUGAAGACUAAGAAAGAGGCUAAAGCAGAACCCAAAAAAGACAGAAAGGAUGGAAAAACCGAUGAGAAAAAACCGGCGAAGUUAGUGGUUAAAGAAGUGAAGAAAACCAGUGGAACCACUUCCGCAACUGGAGCUACAGACCAAAAGAAAGUUUCAGGAAAAACUGGGAAUAUAAAGAAGGAUGGGAUGCUUCCAAAGAAAGACACCUUACACAAGGAGAUAAAAGGGAAGCUUGGAUCUAAGGAAAACCAGAAGGAAGCUAAUUUUUCCAAGAGUUCAACACCUGAGCACAUGACAGGUGAGCUUAAAAGACUUCGUCUGGAAGAUGACAACGGAAACAGGGGUCCAAAGAAGACUACACAGCCGCCUGAGGAAACUUCAACCAAUGGGAACCAAAUCUCAACCACAGAGAGUCCAGAGAAGUUUCGCUCUGUGGAGACCGGCCAGAAUUUGGUCAGCACCUCCUCACAUCUUACCAAAACGUCAAAAGGUGAUCUCAGUGUUAACUUUGACCUCACUCCAGCAACAUUUCUGGUGCCUGAGGGUUCCCCCAAAAUUCAGGGAGAGGAGAAGACUCUUGAGCUGGUUUCACCUGCAGACUCUGCUCCGAACAGUGCUGGACACACCCCCUUCCAUCAGUCUCCUGAAGAAAACACUCGGGGCUUUGGGGAGGAGAGCACCUUCAGAGCUAGAGGCUCCAGUUUGGGCUUUGAAGACUACAAUCAGGGAGGAUCAUGUAGAACUUCGGACAUCAGCUCCAUGCGGGAAGGUCUGGAAAACUCCACGUCCUCUCAGGAUAAAUAUUCCAGCCUCUUCAGUCCUGUCAGGGACAUGAUUCCAGACUCCUCCCCAACCAUGACGUCCAUGCCGGCUCAGGUCGACUCCCCCCACUCCACAGAGGUCGAUUAUUCCCUUUCAGUCUCUUCAGAGCAAGUCUCAUCUGCCAAAGUCUGCGCAAAUGAACACAUCAUAGACUCGGACUGCAGCACCGGCCUGGUUCUUCCCAUCAGGUCCACCCAGAAUGGACGCUGUGGAUCCAGUGAGAACAUCCACAGGAUGCCAGAACUCACCUCUGAUGUUCCACAUGAUGUUGACCUAUGCCUGGUGUCCCCCUGUGAGUUCCAGCACCCCAGAACCUCAGAGAACCACCAACAUCACACAAGCCCCGGCCUCAACCCCGACACCUCACCAGACCUAUCGGAUAACGAUUCCUCCCGGAACCAAAACAGCAGUGAAACCUCAGCCUAUAGUCAGGAGACCCCACCCACAUCAAUUAGUGACUCCCUGCCAACCGCCACGGACUUUGACAUCCCCCCCAGCACCGAGGAGUGUCCGUCUAUCACUGUUGACCUUGACUCUGAUGAAGACUCAAGCUUCUUCCUCCCGGGUCAGCCACAUGAUCAUUCCAGCCAGCACUUCAACCACAGACCAGGACUACGUUCCUCGCUUGACCCGCCCCCGGCCCCUGUUAAAGACCUGCCCCCACUACCUUUCCAAAGCGGGGCCUGUAUGACCGAUCCCGAGGCCGACAAGAGCCCAAAGAUUUGCGCUGUCAAGAAGAAACCGCUGCAGAGAACCACGUCAGGAAGCAGCUCUGCCCAGGGCACAAGGUCCAAAGCCGGUUCCACUGGGUCCGUGAAGACCAGCCUAGACACCAAACCUGUAUCACAAAGUUCACUUGGUGGAUCCAAAGUCGGAGCUACAAGACCACAAUCAUCAGGUUCAAUCCCUGCUGGUUCUGAUGUUUCUGUGGUUUACGUGGACCUGACCUACCUGCCUUCUGGCUCUGCCUCCUCCACUGUUAACCAGGACCUGUUUAGAUGCCUGCGUUCUUCAUAUUACAUCAUCAGUGGAGACGAACCAGUGAAGGAGGUGAUAAUAAGGAGCCUCUUGGAUGGUCUGCUGGAGGGGAAGAGCAGCUGGCCCAACAUUCCGGUGACCCUCAUCCCCACCUUUGAUUCGAUGGCGAUGCACGAGUGGUACCAGGAUACACACGAGCGCCAGCGGGAGCUUAAUUUGACCGUGUUGGGCAGCAACAGUACCGUUGCCAUGCAGGAUGAGACUUUUCCUGCCUGCAAGGUGGAGUUCUGAACUGAAGCUCCACCCACCUGCCUUUUGACCUCACCGCAGGAUGUAGCUGGAUGUACUGUAGUGAGCAUGCUCAGUUAGAAAUGUGUCUUCCAUUUGUUGCUUACCUGUGUGACAUCAUGGUCGGUUCCCACCUGCUGGAUCAGAACCUUCAGCUCACAAUGUUAAAGCGUGUUAAGAUCAAUUACAAAUGAGCUGGAUUAGAACCCAUACUGGUGGAUCUGAAUGCAGAUUAAUGAAAUUUUCUCCCAGGGGUGGAGUUAAAUUAAACUCAAUGGUUAUUAAAAAUGGACAACAGGA